ACAAAUCCCACCUACCCACAGUACCAGGACACUUGCUGGCGGCUUGGUUCUACUGGGUAACAAGGCACAGAAACCAGGAGAAAGGAGAAAAUUGCUCAACUUGCUGAGGGAACUCUGACUUUGGAGGCAUCUAAGGGCAACUUCUCAUUCAUGAUUGCUGGCUUGCUGGACCCAACUUCAGUAGCAGUGUUAUACUUUCUAAUUCGACUGGAUCAUCUUCCCCUUAUCUACCAAAGACAUUUGGAUCUACUUCCUAAAAGAGGCCUUCAAACUGUCUUUUUGUGGCACUGAACAGGCAUCUGGGAUUUCUUUUUUGAAUUUGUGGGUUAGUCUUCUACGACAGGACCUGGAUGAUGGAUGUUACAUUUAAAUCUGUUGUGUGACAUGGUCCUUAGACUGUAGAGUAGUAGCCUCUAGCUGGACUUGUCUCUAUUCUCCUUCCUUGGCUAUCAAACCCAUCCUGAACUGUAAUCUCCAUCCCUAUCCCUUUCCCAUCUUCCAUAUUAUUAUGGAAAUGGGCUUGCACUGGGCAUUGCUCUGCCUCGUUUUCCCCCCUCUGGUAUCAGCCUCUGACUAUGCCUUGCCAAAGUUUAUCUGCAGUCCUAUGCCACUGGACAUGGAUAAUGGCUGCCAGUCAGCAAGCCAGCAGCAGCGCCAUGGGGCAGGAGCCAACAGUGGGGGCACAGGGCAUUGGGUAGGAACUCUUGAAGAAGCCAAGGAAACAAUCCUGCACCUGCGGGAGACAGUGGUGCACCAGAAGGAGAUGAUCCUCGACCAAAGAGAAACAGUGCGGGAACUGACAGCCAAGCUGACCCGCUGCGAAGCCCAUUCUCGAAGACAUGGUGUGGAGCACCAUAGUGGUCAUCAUGAAGAGAAUCACAGUCAUGGACAUGGGCAUGGGCAUGGGCAUCCUGAAGGAGGCCAUCGAAGCCAUCAUGAGAGUGGGCAUCGGGUCCACCAUGGAGAUGGUCACCGGGCACUUCAUGAGGUUGAACUUCCAGGCCACCAUGAAGAUGGUCAUAGGGGACACCAUGAAGCAGGCCACCAAGAACCCCAUGAAAGCAUCCAUGCUAGGGAAAAUGAAUACCAUCAUUUUGGACAACAUGAGCACCAUGAACUACAAGUGGGACACAACACCCACGAUGCCUUUCGUAAGGGAGCUGCAGCUGCCAACACCAUGGAGGAUCCACCUAAGGAGACAUCUGCAGGAGUGAACCAGAUGGAGCGGAUGCUGGAAUCACUCAAGGAGAGACUGGAGCAUCUACAGCACAACCGGAACAGCUCUCUCUUCUCCACAUCCCUGCGCGAUGCACUUCAGAAGAAAAUUAGCAUCUUGGAGCAUCAAAUCCAUGAGAAGUUAAACACAUCGGACCACCACACAAAUGGUGUGCCAAUAGCAGCAGGGCUGAGGCACAAACACAUUUCUCAUGGACACAGUGUUGAGAAAGGGUACAAGGUGGAGAAGCAUUCUGAGGAUUUCCGUGUGGGAUUUCCCCUCCGCACCAACUAUAUGUAUGUCAAAGUCAAGCCUACUCUCCAUCAUGAGAUCUUUGCCUUCUCCAUCUGCCUAUGGCUCAAAUCAAGUUCGGCACCAGGGAUGGGUACCCCAUUCUCAUACUCAGUGCCAGGCCAAGCCAACGAAGUGGUGCUCAUUGAGUGGGGAAAUAACCCUAUGGAACUACUAAUCAAUGACAAGGCUGCCACAUUGCCACUGACCAUUAACGAUGCCAAGUGGCACCAUAUCUGUGUGACAUGGUCAACCCGGGAUGGCAUUUGGGAAUCUUACCAGGAUGGCGUCCGAAGAGGGAGUGGGGAGAAUCUGGCUCCCUGGCAUCCCAUAAAACCUGGGGGUGUUUUUGUACUGGGCCAGGAGCAGGACACUCUUGGUGGCCGCUUUGAUGCCACUCAAGCCUUCAUUGGAGAAAUCUCAGAUUUCAACAUGUGGGGCCAUAUUUUGACACCAGGAGAAGUUUACAAGAUGGCAACCUGUACUAGCUUUGCUGGUGGCGACCUCAUCAACUGGGCUGAAGCCUCCAUGGAGCUUCACGGAGGAGUGGUCAAGCUACCAUUUAAUGCCUGCCACUGAGAGGUCACAAAGAACAAAUAGACUUGGGGGCUUUCUGGGAGGACAAUGGAAUUUAGCAGUUAAAGGCAGGGGCUAGGGUUGGGAACAAGGACCCCAGGAUUUCUUGAAGGGAAAAAAGUACCAAUUUUUACAAAGUGGGAGGGGGAAGAAAGAUUCCUGGAAUCCUUGCGUGGAAACAAAUGGAGAAUCUUUCUAUUUGAGGUGGGGAUUCUCCCCAGUCCCCUGGGUUGAGAAUGAGAAGUCUGUAGAGAAUUUAAUAUACGAAUGUCUUAGGGUCUUGGAGCCAGCAUCUCUGGAUUUGUAGCAAGGGUGCCUGAUCAUUUUACCUAAAAGAAAAGCUUUGAAAAAAGCAGGAAAUAAAUAAGGACAUAUUUACAGCAUCUAUUCUAUGGAAGAGUUUUAUGGCAUAGAGGGUUUUCUAAAAGAAGUAAUAUCUCCAAAUGUUAUAUGGCAAUAUCAUAUUUUGGAAUUUAGCAUAUUGAAGUAAAUGAAAACUAUAUUCCAGUAGAGGUGGCUAUGCCACAGGAAACUGUGGGUCUGUUUAUAGGUCUUUCAUAAGGUUGCAAUUGGGCUGUACUGCUUCAUUGAGAAGGUGGUUUAAAGAGUGGGAAUAUCCAACCUUUGACAAACCUAAAUAUGCACCCAUCUGCCGCCUAGAAAAGCUGAAGGCUUAGUUUUGAGUAGCAGCUUCCUUCUGUUGCCUUUGUAGGAAAUGUGACCACAGAAGCAUGUUUUGCUCUGCUCUUUAUUUAUAUAUAUAUAUGUAUGUAUUUAUAUAAAUAAUAUGCAUGCACACACAUAUAUAAAAUAUGUGCCUCUAUAUUUGAUGCUUUUCUCUAGGUAGAUUCACACAACCAUUUUCAUACUCUCCCCAUCCAUCCCACUAGUUCCAGUUGAAUCCAAUGUUGAAUUUGCACUGGGAUUGUGUGGAAACCAGAGAGAGCUCCAGAACG